AUGAAGGGCCUGGGAAUUGCGUCGGCGGGUAUCGCUGCCGCCACAUGGUUCGCUGCGUCAGCGGUCGCUCAACUUGACCCGAUCGUGAUCAAAGGCUCCAAGUUUUUCUACAAGACAAACGGCACUGAAUUUUUCAUCAGAGGCGUGGCCUACCAACAGGAUUUUUCUGGCAACGGGUCUACAACGACGACCACUGGAGGCACUGGAUACACAGACCCGUUAGCAAAUGCUACGAAUUGUGCCCGCGAUAUUCCUUUGCUACAAGGACUCCAGACGAAUACCAUCCGUGUCUAUGCUGUUGACCCAACACAAGAUCACUCCGAGUGUAUGCAGAUGCUCACAAAGGCUGGGAUCUAUGUCAUAUCCGACCUUAGCGAGCCUGCCGUAUCUAUCAACCGAGAUACGCCUGAAUGGAACGAAGCAAUUUUUGACCGAUACGCCAGUGUUAUCGAUGCUUUUUCGAACUACACCAACACCAUUGGCUUCUUCGCCGGCAAUGAAGUGUCGAACGCUCCCAACAACACCGCUGCAAGCGCUUUUGUCAAGGCCGCCGUUCGAGACAUGAAAGCUUACAUUGUUAGUAAAAACUAUCGAGCCAUGGGCGUUGGAUAUGCGUCGGACGAUGAUGAUACUCGGAUAGAGCUUGCAGAUUACUUCAAUUGCGGCACUGCCGCGGAAAGCAUCGAUUUCUGGGGUUACAACAUCUACUCCUGGUGCGGGCAAUCUUCCUACAGUGCCUCUUCGUAUGAGGCUCGGACCCAGGAGUUCUCAUCCUACAACGUUCCUGCGUUCUUUGCUGAAUACGGUUGCAACAAGGUUGAGCCGCGACCGUUUGAUGAAGUGGGCACACUUUUCGGCUCUGAUAUGACUCCCGUUUGGUCUGGCGGGAUUGUUUACAUGUACUUCCAGGAAGCUAACGAUUAUGGGCUCGUGACAAUCGGCAGCGACAACAAGGCUACGACGUUGUCCGACUACGACAAUCUCUCCACUGCGAUGGCCAAAGUGUCACCAAGUGGCGUCAACUCAGCCUCUUACACGCCUUCCAACUCUCCCCAAGCUUGUCCUACAACCAGUACCUGGCAAGCUGCAACCAACUUACCUCCAACUCCCAACGACGCCAUUUGCCAAUGUAUGGUCCAGAAUCUUACUUGUGUUGCCAAAUCUGGCCUCAGUGAAGAUAGUAUAACAACUCAGUUCAACUACAUCUGUGAUCCCGCACAGGGCAACAAUUGCGGUGGUAUCCUUGCCAACGGCACUACCGGUGUGUACGGCGCAUUCUCUGGGUGCAGCGACAGCGAAAGACUCUCUUAUGCCUUCAACCAAUACUACCUGAACCAGACCGCCACAAACACCCAAAACACAAGCCCUUGCGAGUUCUCUGGGACUGCUCAGAAGGUCACCCCUAAGCUUGCCUCCAGUUGCAAGGCCGUUGUAAGCCAGGCGGGCUCGGCAGGGACUGGCUCUAUUACGAGCACGCCUACCGGUGGUAGUAGCACUGGCAGUGGCUCUAGCUCUGGCACCACUUCUACCAGCAAAGCCGCCGCAAUUAUACUCAGUGUGCCUACCUUCGACUUCGGGAUUCUCAAGCUUGCUGCCUAUGUCACAAGUGCAAUGUUUGUUGGUGCUGGAAUGGUCCUACUGUAA